AUGUCCUCCACCACCAUCCCCACCACCCAGAAGGCUCUCCUCCUCCCCUCCAAGGGCGGCGCCCUUUCCAUCGAACCCUUCCCAGUCCCCACCUUGGGCUCUGGGGAAGUGCUCGUGCGCCUCGCCGCGGCCGCGCUCAACCCUAUCGACGUCGCCAUGCAGAUGUUCGGGCUCUUCAUCGAAGUCUUCCCCGCUGUCAUCGGGUGCGACGGUGCUGGCGAGAUUGUCGCCAUCGGCGAGGGCGUCGAAGGGUUCAGCGCCGGGGACCGCGUCGCCGUCCAGGGCACUAUUGACAUGAUGAAGAAAGAGAUCCACGGGACCUACGCGCAGUACGUCGCGACGCCCGCCAAGUUCCUCAUCAAGCUCCCCGACAGCGUCUCGUUCGACGCCGGCGCCACGAUGCCGUGCACGCUCCCCACCGCCGCGCUCGUGCUCUACAACAAGGACGAAAACGUCACCGGGCCGAGGCUCGACGCGCCCUGGACCCCCGGCGGGCGCGGCAAGUACGCGGGCAAGGCCGCGGUCGUCCUCGGGGGCUCGUCCUCGGUCGGGCAAUACGCCAUCCAGUUCGCCCGCCUCUCCGGCUUCAGCCCCAUCGUCGCGACCGCCUCGCCCGCGCACGCCGCGCACCUCACCGCGCUCGGCGCGACGCACGUCCUCGACCGCGCCCUCCCCGCCGCGGACCUCGAGGCCGCCGCGCGCGCGCUCGCGCCCGCCGCGGGCUUCGCGCUCGCCUUCGACGCGGUCUCGCUCCCGGAGACGCUCCCGCUCGGGUACGCGCUCGCCGCGGACGGCGCGGACCUCGUCGUCGUCUCGCCCCCGGGCACGCUCGGGGAGGGCGAGCGCAAGACGGUCAAGGUGCACAUGGCGCGGGGCCUGUUGGCGAUCCCGACGAACGCGGCGGUCGUGGAGGAGCUGCUGGGGGCGCUGCCGGGGAUGCUUGCGGCGGGGGACGUUAAGCCGAACCCGGUUGAGGUCCUCGAGGGCGGCCUCGCUGGGGUUCCGGGCGGGCUCGAGCGCGUGAAGAUGAAGCAGGUCAGCGGGGUGAAGCUCGUCGUACACCCCCAGGCGACCGCUUGA